AAGAGAAAAUCCAUCAGACACACGCGAACACACACACACACACACACACACACACAUACAUAUAUAUAAACAAAAGCAAGCAGUCAAGAAGACACUGGACAGCAACAGUGCACACUCAAUAUGAUGAACUCGACAACGAAGCAUCUGCUGCACUGCACGCUGCUCUUCACUGUGAUAAUUACCUGCGAAGUAUUCUCCGGCGGUAUUAAGAUCGAUGAGAACUCCUUCACCAUUGUCGAUCCAUGGACUGAGUAUGGCCAGCUGGCCACCGUAUUGCUGUACUUACUGCGUUUCCUCACCUUGCUCACAUUGCCCCAGGUGCUAUUCAAUUUCUGCGGCCUUGUCUUCUACAACGCCUUUCCCGAGAAGGUCGUCCUCAAGGGUAGCCCCCUGUUGGCGCCGUUCAUCUGCAUUCGCGUGGUCACACGCGGCGAUUUCCCGGAACUAGUCAAGAUGAAUGUGCUGCGGAACAUCAAUACGUGCCUCGACACCGGCCUGGAGAACUUCCUGAUUGAGGUCGUCACGGACAAGGCGGUGCAUCUGGCGCAGCACCGGCGCAUUCGCGAAAUAGUCGUACCCAAGGAGUACAAGACACGAACUGGCGCCCUGUUCAAGUCGCGCGCCCUUCAAUACUGCCUCGAGGACACGGUGAAUGUGCUGAACGACAACGACUGGAUCGUCCACCUGGACGAGGAGACUCUGCUCACCGAGAACUCGGUGCGGGGCAUCAUCAAUUUCGUCCUGGAUGGCAAGCAUCCGUUCGGCCAGGGCCUCAUCACCUAUGCCAAUGAGAAUGUCGUCAACUGGCUAACCACCUUGGCGGACAGUUUUCGUGUAUCCGACGACAUGGGCAAGCUGCGUCUGCAGUUCAAGCUCUUCCACAAGCCACUGUUCAGCUGGAAGGGCAGCUAUGUGGUAACCCAAGUUGGCGCUGAGCGUUCCGUUUCGUUCGACAAUGGAAUCGACGGAUCCGUGGCCGAGGACUGCUUCUUUGCGAUGCGGGCAUUCAGCCAGGGCUACACAUUCAACUUCAUCGAGGGCGAGAUGUACGAGAAGUCGCCGUUCACGCUGCUGGAUCUGCUGCAGCAGCGCAAGCGCUGGCUCCAGGGCAUCCUCCUGGUGGUGCACUCGAAGAUGAUACCAUUCAAGCACAAGCUGCUGCUGGGCAUCAGUGUCUACUCCUGGGUAACGAUGCCGCUCUCCACAUCGAACAUCAUAUUCGCCGGCCUCUAUCCGAUACCCUGUCCCAAUCUCGUUGACUUCGUCUGCGCCUUCAUAGCGGCCAUCAAUAUCUAUAUGUAUGUGUUUGGUGUCAUCAAAUCGUUCUCGCUCUACCGCUUCGGGCUGCUCAAGUUUCUGGCUUGCGUCCUGGGCGCCGUUUGCACGAUACCGGUCAACGUCGUCAUCGAGAACGUGGCCGUCAUUUGGGGCCUGGUGGGCAAGAAGCACAAGUUCUAUGUGGUGCAGAAGGAUGUGCGUGUGCUGGAAACGGUUUAAGCGUGUCCCCUCUUCUAUUAGUCUUCUAAUUUUUUUUUUUUGUUUUUUUGCUUUUUUUUUUUUUUCCACUAAUUAGCU